UGGAGCUUAAACUCGAUGCUGUCAACCUCCUAAUAACCCAAGGUCCUCUAGUUGAGUUGUUUCUUUAACAAUUCUUUGGACUAGAGUGCAAGACAUCAGAGGAGCUCUCACUAUCCAGGUCAUAGUAGAAUGCCUGCAAAUUUGGGACUUCUGAUGGUUUGAUAUUGCAGCAUGAUGUCCCUGAUAAGCUUGUAUGGAAAUUCACAAGGUCGGGCUGCUACUCCUAUAAGUAAGCAUACAACACAUGUUUCUUUGGAUCAAUCAAAUUUGUGGGAAAUGAGUUCGGAAAAAGCUGGAAACUGCUGCAAUUCAAGUUUAUCUUACUGUUAGCUGUGAACAAUCGAUGUUUGACUGCCAACCUUCGUGCCAAAUGGGGUCUGCCAGAUCCUUGUGCCUGUCCCAUAUGUGACCACUGACCAAGCCGAUGAAAGGAUUCAGCAUUUACUUAUCUCUUGCUUAUUCUCUCAGCAAUGGAAGCUCAUAUUUCAGAAGUCGUGCUUGGUUAAUCUUGUUUCCAGUCUCCACCAAAAUUCAGCAACUCGUUUUUCGAGUUGGUGGUGCCGAAUCCUGAAGAUCAGCAAGAUGGCCUGAACUCCUUGAUAAUCCUUGUGGCUUGGGAGCUUUGGAAGCACCAGUGCUUCUUACAUGUUUUCAAUCCUAAUGUUCUGGUGGGUCCUUCAAGCAGUGGCAAGUGAAAGUAUCCUUUGGUACUCUGUGGGAACCAUGCCCUCCAAGAGCUCUUACUCGGCUGUUUACCCUGGAUGCUUAGUUCAUUUGUUGAUGUUUGUGGUCAUGUUUGAAGCACAGUUAUCCCUCCUAAAAGGGGUGUGUGUGUUUUGUUCGUGGAGCAUUAAGAUGCCUAGCCCUUCUAUCGGAUGAUCUAGAUGAUAUGUGUGUUCCAAAGCUAGUGCCAGAGCUAUUCCCAUCACUGUAUAGAAUAAUAUCAUCUCCUCAUCUGUAUGAAAAUUCUCUUCGUGCAAAGGCUUUUGCAAUAGUCCAUUCAUGUAUUUCUAUGCUUGGAUCAAUGAGUGGUGUCUAUAAGAGAGAUACAGCUAGUCUGAUGACUUCAGUGCUUGAUCCACUAAUAGAGCAAUUCUCCAUAGUUCUAAAUUAUCCGGUGCAGUCCCAAAAUCCUGAUGACUGGAGCAUGCAGAUGGAGGUGCUCAAAUGUUUACUUCAGCUUGUCCAGAACUUUCCUAGAUUACCUGAAGCUAAAAUUUCUGCCAUUCUUCCAGCACUGUGGCAGACAUUUGUUUCGUCAUUCAAGACCUAUCACCUGUCAUACAUUCAAGGUGCAGAAACUUUGGAUUCUAUUAGUUAUGAUUCUGAUGGCAGUGAAAAAAGUCUUGAGUCAUUCGAGAUUCAGUUAUUUGAGCUAUGGACAACAAUUGUGGGGAAUUCUAGAUUAGCAAAGGUUAUUGGGGGAAACAUUAAGGAGCUAGCAUACUAUACUAUAGCCUUGCAACAGAUAACUGAAGAACAGGUGCAAAACUGGUCACGCGAUGCUAACCAGUAUGUUGCUGAUGAGGAUGACCUAACCUAUAGCUGUCGUGUGUCUGGAUCUCUUUUGCUGGAAGAGCUAGUAACAGCUUAUGAAGAUUAUGGAAUUGACUCAAUUGUGGAAGCUUCACAAAUGCGUUUUCAUGAAUCACGAGAAUUGAAGGAAGCGGGUUCUGCUGACUGGUGGAGACUGCAUGAAGCAUCACUUUUUGCUUUAGGUUCACUGUCAGAACAGUUGUGUGAAGCACAGGAUUCUGGUUUGACAAAAUACAAUGUGCGGGAUUUACUUGAGCAAAUGCUAAUUGACAUUAUGGGAACAGGGGUGCAUCAGUACCCAUUUCUCCAUGCGCGUGCAUUUUCUAGUGUGGCUAAAUUUUCUUCACUGAUAAGUAAAGGGGUCAGUGAACAGUAUCUAUGCAAUGCGGCCCAUGCGAUUGCCUCAGAUGUGCCACCCCCGGUUAAAGUUGGUGCUUGUAGGGCACUGGCCCAACUUUUACCAGAAUCUAAUCAGAAUCUGAUUCAGCCAAACAUUAUGGGCAUACUUUCAUCUCUUGUUGACCUUCUGCGGCAGGCAUCUGAUGAAACCCUGCAUCUUGUUCUAGAAACCCUGCAAUCAGCAAUCAAAUCUGGUGGAGAACAAUCAACUUUAAUUGAGCCUGUCAUUUCCCCCAUCAUACUGGAUGUUUGGGCACAGCACAUUGCUGACCCGUUCAUCAGCAUUGAUGCUGUCGAAGUGUUAGAGGCUAUCAAGAAUGCUCCUGGAUGCUUACAGCCACUUGUGUCUCGAAUCCUUCCAACAAUUGGAUCCAUUUUAGUGAAACCCAAGGUCCAGCCGGAUGGACUGGUUGCAGGUUCACUGGACCUUUUGACGAUGGUACUCAAAAAUGCUCCAGUUGCUGUGGUUAAAGCAGUCUUCGACACAUGCUUUGUUUCUACUGUUCAAAUUGUUCUUGAAAGUGAUGACCAUGGAGAGAUGCAGAAUGCGACAGAAUGCUUGGCAGCAUUCAUAUCAGGUGGCCGGCAGGAGUUGCUUGUCUGGGGUGGUGAACAAGGACAAACACUCAAGAUGCUACUUGAUGCAGCUUCAAGGCUUUUAGAUCCAGCGUUAGAAAGUUCAGUAUCACUAUUUGUUGGAAGCUUUGUUUUGCAACUCAUUUUACAAAUACCUCUACACCUGUCUCCUCACAUACCGGACCUUAUUGCUGCUAUUAUGAGACGUAUGCAAACGAGCAGCAUUGCAGGAUUGAAAAGCUCCCUUAUUGUUAUAAUAGCCAGAUUAGUACAUAUGAGUGCACCAAAUGUUGAUGGGUUCAUCAAUCUAUUGCUUUCUAUCCCUGCACAGGGGUAUGACAAUUCACUUGUUUAUAUUAUGUCAGAAUGGUCACAACUACAAGGUGAAAUUCAGGGAGCCUACCAGAUAAAGGUUACAACGACUGCAUUAGCUCUUCUCAUAUCAACUCGUCAUCCUGAGCUAUCCAAGGUUGAAGUUCAAGGGCAUCUUAUUAAGACUAGUGCAGGUAUAACGACACGUUCAAAAGCUCGAGUGACUCCUGAUCAAUGGACCAAGAUUCCUCUCCCAGUUAAGAUCUUCUCAUUGCUGGCAGAUACUUUAACUGAAAUUCAGGAACAAAUUGGUGCUGGUGAUGACGAUGACUCCGAAGAGGAUAAUGACUGGGAAGAAGUUCAGAAUGGUGAUGCUAGUAUAUCAGAUGAUAUCAUACACUCAGCAUCGGUUCCUUCAAUGACUAAUCCAUCAGUUGAACAUUUAAAUGCAAUGGCCAAGGUUUUUGAUGAGGAUGAUGAUGAUAGUUAUGACGAUGAUCUGACAAAAAACGACCCUCUUAAUGAGGUGAAGUUAGCGGACUUCCUAACAAACAUCUUUGCUAACUUGUGGGAGAAUAAUCGACCAAUAUUUGAGUAUCUUUGCCAGGGCCUGUCGGAUUCACAGAGAUCAGCUGUUGAAAAGGUUUUGAGGAGGUGAAGCGUUAACUUGGGAUCCUGUCUUCCACCUUUCGGGAUAUAAUAUAUCUUCAUAUUAGUUAUCGAGUCCUGUUUGCAUUGCUGUGGACUGGUUUUCUUGCUCAUUAUAUGUUCAUUGGUGUAAACUGAUACAUCUCUGAAGCCGGUGUUAUGAGGUUUUGUUAGUGUAGGUUUCUUUAUGUUCUUUGUAUUUAAAAUCUACAAGAUGUGAGUAUUUGUUGUACCGGGUGUGGUGAUGUUGGGUAUUCAUGUCUGAAGAAUUCCCGGCUUGACUUGUUCUUACGUUGAAUUCCUCCGGAGGGACCUUGAUUCCUUGGCUUUAUUCAUCAAUUUCAUGCAUGCCUAUUUGGAGGAACGCCACCUUUGGUGUUUGGCAGGAGCGGUUAAGCUCAGGGAGUUGGGUCCCGGGGUUGGAGUUCCUUAGGGCUCUACUAGUGUGUGCGGUGGUCAAGUGUUUUCUCCUUCCUUGGUCAAGUGUUUGCCUCGGUUCAACCCCUCACUCUUGGUUUGGAGUACGGGUGUAGUUUUUCUUUUGUAAGAACCUUCCUUUUUAUUCUAUCUUAAUUUAAAGAUGCAGUUCUUCUGUGUA